AGAUAUAAGCCAUCUUCAUUGCAAAAUGUUGACCAAGUUUGAAACAAAGUCUGCUCGAGUGAAAGGCCUCUCCUUCCAUCAAAAGAGGCCUUGGAUUUUAGCAUCAUGCCAUAAUGGAAACAUCCAGCUGUGGGACUAUCGAAUGUGUGUACUGUUGGACAAAUUUGAGGAGCAUGAUGGCCCAGUUCGGGGAAUUUGCUUCCAUCAGCAGCAGCCACUUUUUGUCUCAGGAGGAGACGACUACAAAAUUAAGGUGUGGAACUACAGGAAACGUCGAUGUCUCUUCACGCUUCUGGGACAUUUGGAUUACAUCCGCACAACAUUUUUCCAUCAUGAGUAUCCAUGGAUCCUGAGCGCAUCCGAUGAUCAGACCCUGCGGAUCUGGAACUGGCAAUCCCGCUCUUGCAUCUGCGUUAUGACUGGCCACAAUCACUAUGUGAUGUGUGCCCAGUUUCAUCCUUCAGACGACCUUGUUGUGUCUGCUUCAUUGGACCAAACAGUUCGUGUCUGGGAUAUCUCUGGUCUUCGUAAGAAGAAUGUGGCACCUGGGCCAGGUGGCCUAGAAGAGCAUCUCCGGAAUCCUGCUUCUACUGAUCUCUUUGGCCAGGCUGAUGCAAUUGUUCGACACCUGUUAGAAGGUCAUGAUCGUGGAGUGAAUUGGGUUGCUUUUCAUCCUACUCUUCCUCUCAUCGUCUCUGCUGCUGAUGAUCGGCAGAUCAAGUUGUGGCGAAUGAAUGACACACGUGCUUGGGAGGUAGACACUUGCAGGGGCCACUACAAUAAUGUAUCUUGUGUGCUCUUUCACCCACGUCAGGAGCUGCUCUUGAGCAACUCUGAAGAUAAGAGCAUCCGUGUGUGGGACAUGACAAAACGCACUUGCCUCCACACAUUCAGAAGAGAGCAUGAUCGUUUCUGGGUUCUAGCUGCUCAUCCAUCUUUGAACCUCUUUGCAGCAGGUCAUGAUGGUGGCAUGCUUGUUUUCAAGCUGGAACGAGAGAGACCUGUUUACUCUGUGCAAGGGAACAUUCUAUACUAUGUCAAAGAUCGAUUCUUGCGACAGUUGGAUUUCACAACAAAGAAGGACAUAGCAGUCAUGCAACUUCGAGGCAGUACACGUUCUCCUCCCUAUUCAAUGUCAUGGAAUUCAGCUGAACAUGCUGUCAUCCUUUGCUUUCGGGCACCUGCACAGGAAAACAGUGCAUACGAUUUGUACAUGGUACCGAAGGACGUCAGCACUCAAACUCCUGAUUCUGUUGAAAGCCGUCGCUCUUCAGGCCUCACAGCUGUGUGGGUGGCCAGGAAUCGUUUUGUUGUGUUUGACAAGACUCAUACAAUUCUGAUUAAAAACCUGAAGAAUGAAGUCACAAAGAAAGUGCAGGUGCCAUCAUGUGAUGAGAUUUUCUAUGGAGGGACUGGAAUGCUGAUCCUGAGGGACAGUGAUCAUGUCACUCUAUAUGAUGUUCAGCAGAAGAAGACUCUAGCUCAGGAGAAGUGCAGCAAAUGUCGAUAUGUUGUUUGGUCCCAAGACACAAAUCAUGUAGCAUUGCUUGGGAAGCACUGUGUGGUCUUGUGUGACCGGAAGCUUGCAGCUUAUGCCAGCGUUCAUGAAACUGCUCGGGUCAAAUCGGGUGCAUGGGAUGAUUCAGGAGUUUUCAUUUAUACAACAGCAAACCAUUUGAAGUAUUUGCUGAAGAAUGGAGACAAUGGGAUAAUUCGUACUUUGGAUGUUCCAAUAUACCUCACACGAGUGAAGGGCAGGACAAUCUAUUGUCUUGAUCGGGAAAUCAAGCCAAAAACAUUUACUAUUGAUCCCACAGAAUAUCAUUUCAAGUUGGCACUCAUUGACCAGAAGUAUGAAGAGAUGCUGCAUCUCAUUCGCAAUGCCAAACUUGUUGGCCAGAGUAUCAUUGCUUACUUGCAGAAGAAGGGAUACCCAGAUGUUGCUCUUCAUUUUGUGAAAGAUGAACGGACAAGGUUUGCCUUGGCACUUGAAUGUGGUAAUAUUGAUGUGGCUCUUGAAGCUGCUCGUGCUUUGGAUGACAAAGCCUGCUGGGAACAUCUUGGAGAGGCAGCUCUUCUGCAGGGCAAUCAUCAAGUUGUGGAGAUGUGCUAUCAGCGGGUCAAGAAUUUUGACCGCUUGUCCUUCCUGUAUUUGAUCACAGGAAAUCUAGAAAAGCUGAGGAAAAUGAUGAAGAUUGCUGAAAUCCGCAAGGACAUGUCCGGGCAUUUCCAGACUGCUUUGCUCCUUGGAGAUAUUCAGGAGCGGGUGAAAAUUUUGAAGUCUUCUGGCCAGCUAUCUUUGGCAUAUAUGACUGCUGCCACCCAUGGUUUGACAGAUGAAGCAGAGUCAAUAGCUGCAUCUCUGGAUCCAGAUACCCCAUUGCCAGAGGUGCACGCAGAUGGAGAGCUGCUCAUCCCACCCCCACCUGUCAUUCAGUUUGAAGGCAAUUGGCCUCUCCUGACAGUCUCACGAGGAUUCUUUGAAAGGAUUACGACUGAUGAGAGCAAAGGAUUUGUUGAUGCCGCUGCAGAUGUAACUGAAGGAGAAGGUUGGGUUGAAGAUGAAGAUUUACGCCUUGAUGAAGAGGAAGGAGAAGGAAUCAGUGAUCAAUUGGCUGCUGAAGGAGAUGGUGGAGGUUGGGAUGUUGAUGAGGAAUUGGAACUGCCACCAGAACUGGAAAUAAAAGCAACUCAUGACGGGGCUUCAGACUCAUAUUUUGCUCCACCUUCACGGGGUGCUCCACCGAGCCAGUCAUGGACUUCUACCUCUCCAUUGGUUGUGGACCACAUUCUGGCAGGAAGUUUUGAAUCUGCAGCCAAACUUUUGCAUGACCAAAUUGGCAUGGUGAACCUCUCACCUUUCCUUGACCAAUUUCUUAAUAUAUUUGGUCGAAGUGCAUGUAGCUUUCCUGGACUUCCAACAUUGUCAUCAAUGUAUGCCUAUCCUGUCCGACCAAGUCCUGGGAAAACAAAGUUGCCUGCUUUGCCUAUUCGGUUGAAUGACUUGGUGCAACGUCUCCAAGUCGGUUAUCAACUCACAACGGCUGGGAAAUUCCGAGAUGCUGUCGAUAGAUUCCGUGGUAUUCUACUGUGCAUUCCAAUGGUGGUUGUAGAGUCACGACAGGAAGCAGCUGAAGCUCAACAGCUGCUGACCAUCUGUCGGGAAUAUAUCAAUGGACUUCUGAUGGAAAUCAUGAGGAAGGACCUCCCAAAAGAAAAUCCUGCUGAUCAGGUACGGAAUUGUGAGAUGGCGAUCUACUUCACUCAUGUGAACUUGCAACCAGCACAUCAGAUUUUAACCCUGCGCACAGCUCUUACUGUGGCAUAUAAGAUCAAAUGCUUGCAAACGGCAGGCUCCCUUGCAAGGAGGCUCCUGGAAUUGGGACCCAAGCCUGAGAUAGCCCAACAGGCUCGGAAAAUCUUGCAAGUCUGUGACAAGUCACCUUUGGACGAGAGCCGCCUGCAUUAUGACGAGCACAAUCCAUUCACCAUCUGUGGAGCAUCUUAUGUUCCUAUCUACAGGGGGAAACCAGAGGUCACUUGUCCCUUCUGCAACACAAGCUAUCUGCCAGAGUUUGAGGCCCAGUUGUGCCGAGUGUGUACAGUUUCGGAAGUUGGAAAAAAGGUCUCAGGAUUGCGCCUUUCCUUGCAACAACGAUGAAGAACCAAGGACAUCUUGGCUGAACGGUGUUUGGUUUGGGUUCUUGCCCUUUUAUUUGAUGAUGGAGAUUUAUUUAUCCAGCUCAUAUGCCCUGUGGUUGAUUUGAUGUGCCUAUGAAAAUAUAAAUAAAGUCUAUGCUGCUUCAAAA